UUUACUCGCAGUCUUUCCUCUUUCAGAAUUUUCUCAACCAACGCUGUUUCCUGUAAUUAAUCAAAACCCUUCUUCUUCUUCACUCUCUCUAUAUAUAUACAAUUCAAAACACAAGUAUUCUCACUGAUUUUCCCUUCUCCGUCGCUGCAAUGGCCGACAUAGAUCAUUUCCAAACAAAACCAAAUAACCCAGCUAGCUUGAAGCUCUUCGGUUUCAACCUUUCAUCAGAGGAAGGUCAUCGCGUUAAAAACAAAACUCAUCAGAUAGAUCAUGAAUUCAACGACUUCUCUUUUCAAUCUAAAGAUAAGAAUGAUUUGUUGACUCGUAAAUACGAGUGUCAAUAUUGCUGCCGUGAAUUCGCCAAUUCUCAAGCGUUGGGCGGCCACCAAAACGCCCACAAGAAAGAGAGGCGGAUCUUGAAACGUGCACAAAUGCAAGCCACUCGGAAUUUUGUAGUUUCUUCUGUACAUUUUCAAGACCCCAUGUUACGGCCGUACACGUCAUCACUCCCCCGCCUCCUUGCCCCGGCUCCGGUGGUAGCUACUCCGCCGCCGUAUCAUGCCUCGUCGUUUUACGUAUUGCAUGGGAACAACACUGUAGUGUCGCCAUUGCCGGUGCCUCAAAGUCAUCAGUAUGGUAGUGCUUAUUAUAAUGUUUGUAAUAAGAAAAACUCUGCCUUGGGAGGGCGACGCGUCGGGGAGGAUGUGAAAAUGGUGACUGCGGCUCCUCCGGUCCCGGCUGUCAAUGAUAGGUCAAGGGGGGUAGCAUUGGAUUUGCAACUGGGAAUUGGGCCCGCUGUGCCUUAAAUUGUAAAAUCUUUCCAAUCUCUUAACUUUUUUGUUAAUCAAGUAGUUAACUUCUUUUAA